AUGUAUGCGCCAGGAGGUCUCUUGUUCAGCAUCACUGCUUGGUGCAGCCUUGGGCAACAGGUCAUCGCCUUCUCAAAUCUCCAGAACCUUCCACAUUCCUAUUUGCAUGGCACGCAUGCACCAGAGAAACGACUCCUCGUCAAUGGAUUGGACAAGCCAAUUGAUGUUUCUGGUGAACAUGCUUUUCAGCCACCCACCGAGUCGGACCAGCGUGGUCCUUGUCCUGGACUAAACGCCCUCGCCAACCACAAUUAUAUAUCUCACGCUGGUAUUGCAUCGUUGUUAGAGGCAGCAACGGCCAUCAAUACGGUCUACGGCAUGGGCAUCGAGAUCGCCACGAUCCUCUCAGUGAUGGGGGUUGUUUGGACUGGCAAUCCGCUUUCGCUGAAUCCUUCGUUCUCGAUCGAUGGUAACGACACCAGAAUCGAGAAUUUGCUCGAUAAUGUCCUUGGGCUCCUUGGCACCCCUCAGGGAAUAUCCUUCUCUCACAACCUCAUCGAGGCCGAUUCUUCACCCACGCGCGAUGAUUUAUACGUGACUGGUGACCCCGUCACGAUGAACAUGGACAAGUUCAAGGCCUUGUAUGAAGUUGCCGAUUCGGAAGGAGUGAUUUCCAUGGAUGCACUCGGAGGCUUUGCUGCUAAGCGAUUCAACGAAAGUGUCGCGACCAACCCGAACUUUUAUUUCGGACCUUUCACAGGAAUGAUUGCUCGCAAUGCAGGGUACCUCUUCAUCGGGCGUCUGUUCGCGAACCACACGACCGAGCAUCCGGAGGGCAUCCUGACGCAAGAUAUCCUGAAAAGCUUCUUCGCGGUGUCCGGAGAGCCCUCGAACUUUACAUACAAGAAGGGGUGGGAGAGGAUCCCAGAUAACUUGUACAAGAUCCCAGUUGAUUGGACCUUGGUGCAGCUGAACCUCGACCUGGUGGAUUGGAUACUGCAAUACCCUCAGCUGGGCAGCAUUGGUGGUAAUGUAGGUGAGGUGAACACGUUCGCGGGCAUCAGUUUGGCAGACCCCGUCACUGGUAUCGCGAACGUCACCAACUUGCUCGAGGGCAACAACCUCGUUUGCUUCGCCCUGCAAGUCGUGAAGCUGGCUGCCCCCUCGUAUACCAACUUGUUCAAGACGCUAGCAGCACCUUUGGAGUUGAUCCUCAACACUCUGGCGACACCCUUGCUGGAUCUCUCUUGCCCGUCCUGGACUGCACUCCAGAAAGGCGGCAAGCCACUUUGGGAAGACAUGCAGGACAGGGUUCCCGGAGCCAAUAGCUCCGCCUUGUAA